CCUUGUCUACAAGGCUGGGUGCGAUUUAACGGAUACUGCUAUCUUGUCUGUAGCUCUUUCAAGACUUGGCAAAAUGCCCAAGCGUACUGCAAAGGACUGGGAGGAAAUCUGGUGAAAAUCAACAGCAAGGAAGAAAACGAGUUUGUACUAAACCUCGUAAACAAGCUCGCCCCAUCGCUGAAGCAGAUUUGGAUCGGACUCGAGUGGGACUCUCGCGUAAAGGCCUUUGUGUGGUACGAUCAUUCAGUUCCCUCCUUUACCAAAUGGGCCCCACUUGAGCCGAAUGGAAAGGCCGGAGAGCCUUUUGGCCUCAUGUGGACUGGUUACGCAGGGAUUUCUGUUAGGGCAUCUGGCGAUUGGAACGAUGUAGCAGGUGGACAGUUUGGACUUGUCUGCAAGAAGCUGCCCUAGACGUUAAGCCAGCUUCAUUCAUGAUCAAAGCCGAAAGUAGAGUUUAGUGGAAAAGUUAACGCAGAUUCUGAGUCGGCAUUUUAAAAUGCAGUCAAAAAGUUAUUUUAGCGCUAACGUCUAGAGGGUUAAAAAACGGCUUGUGAAUCGAAUAACGUAUGAAAAUAAACAGCCUGUAUCCUGUUUCAUGUUGUUUUUUUUCCUUUUAUAUAGAUAAUUCCUUUUAUGGCUCACUUACGUCUUUCACAUGAGAAAGUGGCCAAAAUUCUAAAUUCGACAAAUUCCAAAUUUUAUUGGUUAAAACGCUUAAAAACAAGUGGAAGCAAGUGAAAUUAUUUUCAUUUGAUUGGUAACAGAACGGGAUUUCACUCAUAGACCCGUGAGUUGGGACUUUUUUAAUCAGGAGGGUCGGCAAGAAAAUCCAGAACUGAGUUCUUGCGUAAAUGUGCGUAUUGCAAGUCAGUUCUAGUCUCUCUUUCAAUAACUUCUCAAGCGAAGUUACGCUUCUUCCGACCUGCUACCAAAGUAAGUGCCGCGAGUUGCACACACAAGACCGUAUGCCCUUAGAACAGGAGAAACUGUUUCUGUGCCUGCCUCCCCAAGAACUAACAGAUUUGGAAAUUUUUGCACAAUCAAUUACCAGAAUCACGGUUAAAAUACCGAAAUGUGAUGUGCCUUAACAUUAACAGUUAUAUCUACGUGUUAUCAUUCCGAAGUAUUAUUAUAUACAUACUGAGAAAUACUCACCAAAAAGCUAUGUCGUAAAUUUUCGUACGCAAAUUAGUUCUAGCCAAUCAGAGGAGCGAACGAUGGUUUUCACACGUGAAAAAAAUGAUACGUCCAAUCAGAAGCCUCAGAGGUGUGUGAGUUUCGCGCCAAAAUUCCCGCCUUUUAUUGCAGCUUGCAGCGCCGCUUCGCACACAUUCAACGAGAAAAGUUUUACUCAAAGAGUUUUUCUCGCUAAAAAAGCAGGGGCACCCAACGACAAGUUUCGGAAAAAUAUCUGUUCGAAAGACGAUUUGAGAUCUAGAAUUUUCGGAACAUUUGUUGUAAAAUUUCUUGCUUGCCUGCCUCACCUAGGAUUUUCGAACAUAUAUACUGAAAUGGUAUAAUUGCCUAUUUUUAACGGAUCUUUACCUUAAAAAGGUCACCUAGAAUUUUCGGGAGCCUUUUUUCUGGCUGAAAUUUUCGAAAAGGCGAGUUUUGAUCCCUAUAAUUUUCGGAUCACUAGACUUUCAGCUAGGAAAUCCGAACAAAUUAAAAAUUUUUAGGGGAUAAAAAUAUUCCUUUAUCUACCGUUUAAAUACUAAAAUACGUUUAACAAUGCUAUGUUUAAGUGGUUUUGAACUAUAUUCUCGUUGGCUGCCCCUGAAAAAGGUAAAAAUAUUUCGGAAAUGGAGUGGAAUAGUUUCGUUUGCUUCACUGUCGAUAAAGAAAACAGUAGUGAGCCGGCGAAACAACAUCGGAAAGGGAAAAACAGAACGAGACGUAAGCUUUUGUUGUGCUUUUUGUCGGAGCUACUUUGCCUUUCAUUUAAGCUUAAGUUUAUAUUGAAACCGGCCAUUUUACUUAAAUUCACUCAUUUUCAAUUGUGCAUUGAGAACAAACAGUUAAGAUUACUUAUAGUUCUUGGAUUACCUCAUUUCCUUACCGUCAUUUAUGUUUUUAACAAACGUUGUUACUAAAUUAAAAGCUGAUACUUCGUUUUCGUUAUCAUUUUGCGGUAAGUGUACUGUGUAGCGGCAAAUUUUAGCAUUCUUGAGAGAUUUAAAAUAAAAAGGCCGCCAAAAUGAUGAAUGUCUCAGUAUGUAUAUAAUAAACACAAUACCACGUGGAAAGUGCUUUGUACGGUAUUUACGCUCUCGUUGUUUUUGUAUCAGAAAACUUACUCGUUCGCUGCCCUCACUCGUUCGGUUUCUGAUACGUCAACAACUCGUGCGUAAAUACCGUACGCCAGCACUUUCCAUGAAGUAUUCUCUAUUUAUUGUAUGUAAUUAAUAACCCGCCAAGUAAUCAUGUGUAAUUCAGUUUAUGUUGCAAAAAGGUUGAAUAGACGAUUAUUAUUAUUAUUAUUAUUAUUAUUAUUAUUAUAAGUGUACCGCUGAGAAAUUAAUUAGACCUCUUUUAAAUCCACCAGAAAGGAAAAUGAAAAAAUUGUUUUAUCCGCUCACUCAUCUCAGAUCCUAGCUUUACCACAUGUUGGAAAUGAAAGUAUUCAGCCUUCGAAAUUUGAUGGUCUGUUCUUAGAAUUAUUCACAAGUCGAGAUAUAAAAGCCCAGAUCAGAGGCGAGGGACACAAAAGAAUCGACGAAGACGAUGAGGAUCGAAUGUUCGAGUUCUCAAAAAAACGCCUCAAGCGGCGUUAUUCUAACCUCUUCACCAGAUUUCCUUUUCAUUGCUGGUUUGCACGUGCGUCACGGCAGCUACUUUGGUGGUCAAGAACUCUAGAACCAUGAAAACUCUAUUUUUAAGUAAAUUCUUCGAGAAAACUCUAUUGUAUUGACCCCAAGAUGGCCGCCUUUUUGUCGCGCGGUUGCAAACCAAGAAUUCCUUUUUUGCACAUUGAGCUCGGAUUUCGCUCUUUUUUAGUUGGGAAUAUAUUACACAGACAGCUCCCAAAUCAAACCAUAUUGAUUAUUUGAAGGGAAAUAUGGGGCUAAAGAACAUCUAAUUAAAUUAAAGAAGAAGGGGUUUUGUCUAGCCUGCGUGCAGACGAUAACUAAACUCUGAUUAGUACCGUCUGCGAAGCAGCGCAGAGAUGCUUGUUCUGGACCCCCAACGGACUCAACGAAUUACCGGAAGUGCGUUUCGAAUUUCCCUUCAACCUGAUUGGCUAUUACCAGCCUUGCGACAAACAAAACAAAGGUCUUUUUUAACUGGCCAAUCGUGGUGCGUACUCAAAUCUGGGUACACAGCUGGAAGUCCAGAACAAGGAUUUCGGCGCUGUUUCGCAGACGGAGUUAACCAGAGUUUAAUUUCGUCUGCGCGCAGGCUAGGUUUUGUCCGACAUGUUUAAAACGUAGGGCCCAGUUGUUCGAAGGCCGAUUAGCGCUUAAACCAAGGUUAAGUUUAACCCGGGUUUCUUUUUCUUUUGUUCAAAAGCCUUUUCCUAGAUAAUUGUCUCGGUUUUUUGUAAGAGCAUGCGAUCAUCAACUUGUUGACAAAAAGAACUAAACUAAAUUUACUUUUGAAGCUUUCACAUCUGAAUACAAAUUUUGCACUAACCCUGGGUUAUCUUAACCCAGCUUUGAACAACCCGGCCAAAGGUAUAAGAAUAUAUCUGUUUCUGAUUGGCUCAAAUUCCCCGGGUAAAUCUUCACAGCCAGAUACGCCUUGACCGCUGAUUCGGGAGACGUUUGUGAUAUCCAGUAAAACGAUGGCAAAAAAACUAAUCAACUACAGACUAUCGGACACCAACCGGGAAGCUCUGGGUACAAGGUGGAGUGGGAAAAAAAGGCAGAGAAUUUCACACGUUUUGCGAAGAACAGCUUAUUUAAUUUUUGCUAAAAACAUUGCAAGAACGGCAAAAAUACAACUCACGAUCUGCUAGACUAAAUAGAUCGGUCAGCGGUCAUGGAGCGAGAUGGCCGCGAAAUUUAAAGUUCCGUGUUGAAGAGAAAUUAAGUUAAAGUUUCUUUUCAAAUUUUCUUCCAUUUUAACUUUUCAUGUCAAAAUCCUUUAUGUAAACGAUGUCUGCAACUAAGAGAGGAAAACAGAAGCAACAGGCAGAAGUUUCGGAGGAAGAAGACUUCGAAACAUUUGUAAGAGAGUCGCUUGGGCAACUGAGCAAAGGCCAGAAACAAAUCAUUCAGGACAUCUCAAACUUAAAAGCUAAAGUAAAGCUGAAUGAAACAGCGUUAGAUAAAAUAUCUAGCCAAUUUAAGACCCUCAACGACAGCUUUGAAGAACUCAAGGGCGAGCUUCAUGACGCGAGGUGUAAAGUCGACGAGAUGAAAAGCUCCGUUCAAAAACACGCUAAGCAAAUUGAGGGAAUGCGUGAAAGACUGCUGUCCCUUGAGCGGUAUUCUCGAGAAUACUAACGAGGAUUGUGUCCAAAAAGUCCGUGACAUUUUAUCCAAUCAGCUUGAUAUGGAGUCGGAGUUUGAAAACGCGCAUCGUGUUGGUCCCCGAAAUGACGACAAACCGCGAGUAAUUAUUUGCAAGUUCCUUUAUCGUCCACAGAGGUAUAAAGUUAUCCAGAAGAAGCGUGAUCUUGAGGAUGGUAUUUGGGUUACAGAGGACCUAAUCUGGGAAGAUCGUGAAGCAAAGAAGAAAUCAAAAGAGGUAAUGAAGGAGGCAUUUAAAAAUGGUAAAAAGCCUAGAUUCGCGCGUGGAAACUCUACAUAGACGGAGCUCUUUAUCGCAAAACAUAACUUCAUGGUCAAGUCAGAAUAUGUAGGCAUCAUUAUCUCGUACUUACGUUAAAAAUUUUUCGAAAAUUUAAGUCAAUUUUGUGACUGUAAAUGACAAGCGACGUAUACGACCCAGAUUUAAAUAUUCAGUCUUUUAAUGACCUAGGCAUAUUUACAUUAGAAGAGCUUAAUCAACUUUCGCAUGUUGUCAAACCUCAACUCUCGGCGCUUCACUUAAAUAUAAGAAGCCUAAGCAAGCAUUUCGACGAGCUAUGUCGUCUUUUGAAUUCAUUUCCCUUCCAGCUAAUUUGUUUGCUUGUUCUGAAACUUAGAUUACCCCCCAAGUUGACAUAAGCAGCUUGCAAAUCUCAGGUUACAAUAUCAUAACUGACAAUCGCACGUUUUCUACAGGUGGCGGAGUUGCUUUAUAUAUAAAAUCAAGUUUUGAAUAUCAUUUAAGAAAUGAUUUAAAGAUAGCUGGUGUUGAAAAUAUUUGGGUUGACACACAAGACUUGCUCAUUGGCGUUAUUUAUAACCCUCCCAGUGGGUCCCAACGCGAUUUUAUUGAUGAAUUUGAAAACGUUCUGCAUUCCGUCUUUUUGUCUAAGAGAAAGUGUCUGAUCUUAGUUGACUUCAACAUCAAUACACUCGUCAAGAGCACAAUAGCAAAAGAAUACCUCAACUUGAUCUACUCAGAAGGUUUUAAUCCUUUGAUUCUCGAAGCAACUCGCGUAACUGAGUCAACAACAAGUUGUAUAGACCACAUUCUUUCUAACUUUGUGUCGUCAAGUACUAGUGGUAGCAUUGCUAUAGAAAUAGCUGGCCAUCUUCCACUCUUUACUCUUUCAUAUGACCCUACGCUAAGUCCCUUUCCCAAUAAAAUUGAAAUUAGAGAUUUUAAAAGGUUUGACAACAUUGCUUUUCCGAGAAAGCGUCGAGGAAUGCUAAUUGGACACCAGUAUACAAGGGCUAUGAUGUGAAUGAAAGCUUAACUAGGUUCUUCCACACCUUUAAUAGCAUUAGCAAUUCACAUGCACCGCUUAAAUCGAUAAAUAUAAAAGAUAAGUCCGACAAGCCCUGGGUGACGAAGGGAUUGAGAAAAUCAAUCAAAAUUCGUAACGAGCUCUAUAAAAAAUGGUUGACAACUCGAAAUAAUUAUUAUCAUAAGCAAUAUAAAAUUUAUCGAAACAAGAUUGUUUCAAUUAAUAAAGCCCUUCGAACCAUAUACUAGAUAGUGUACUUAAGGAUUCCACAAAAACAAAAAAAAUGUGGGAUAGUGUUAACCUUAUAAUCAAUAAAAAGCGGCCAUCCUCGAAUAUUGACAAUCUGAAAGUUAAGGAUAAAAAUCUCCAGCAACCAUCUUCAAUAUCAAAUGCUAUUAACAGGUACUUCUGCAAUGUUCCAACUGCACUUGCUUCUAUUAAAAUUGCCUAAAGCGGAUCGCCACUUCUCAACCUAUAUAAGGAGGAAAAAAUCAACCUUUCGCUUUGCUCAAGUAAAGGAAAUCGAGGUUUAUCUACUAUUAGAAAGUAUCGACACUAAGAAAUCAUUUGGCUAUGAUAAGGUACACCCGCUUUUAUUAUCCUCUGCUGCACUUGAAAUAUUUCGACCGCUGACACAUAUCAUAAGUUUAUCACUUAAACAUGGCAUAUUCCCUGAUAACUUGAAAAUUGCCAAAGUUAUACCAAUCUUUAAACGAGGCUCUCGUUCCUCAUGCAAUAACUAUCGCCCCAUAUCAGUUCUUUCAGCAUUAAAAAAAAUUUUUGAGAGAUGCAUUCUUAACCAAUUAUCAUUUUAUCUCACCUAUGAAGAUAUUUUGGUACCAAAUCAAUAUGGCUUUAGAUCUGCCAUGACUACGGUUGACUGCUUGGUAGACCUUAUAGAUGAGAUAACGAAAGCCCUUGACGAAGAAAAUUAUGCCAUUUCCAUAUUUCUAGACCUAAGUGAAGCAUUCGACACAGUCAACCAUUCUAUCCUGUUAUCAAAACUUGACGUAUAUGGUAAACGAGACAUUGAAAAUCAGUGGUUUAGGUCUUACCUAAACAAAAGGAAGCAAAAAGUGUUUGUUAAUGGCGUCGAAUCUGACUUUCUAAAAGUAAACUCAGGAGUACCGCAAGGGUCGAUCUUAGGUCCGGUUCUUUUCCUAGUUUAUAUAAAUGAUAUUGUUAAUGCGACUAACUACUUUUCCAUAAGACUAUUGGCCGAUGAUACUUCGCUGACCUUGGCUGGUAAGGAUUUAGAAUUAUUGCUACAGCGAAUAAAUUCUGAAUUGCCAGCAAUUUAUAAAUGGCUUUGUUCAAAUAUAUUAACUCUGAAUUUAAGUAAAACAAAAUACCUGGUCUUCCAACCGAGACAAAAAGUCAAUUCUAACUUACACCCUCCUUUAAAAAUUGCCGACCAAUAUCUUGAGCAGUCGUACAACAUUAAAUACUUAGGGUUAGUUAUUGAUUGCGUUUGUCUUGGCAUGAUCAUAUUGACCACAUCAGUAGUAAAAUCAGCAAAAGUGUAAAUAUCAUCGCAAAACUGAAAGGACAUGUAACAACCCAGUCUUUGAUAAGUAUCUAUUAUGCACUUGUCUACCCCUAUUUAAACUACGGUUGCAUUCUGUGGGGUAAUAAUUACGAAGCUCCAGUAUCACAAUUAGUAAAGUUGUGAGAGUCAUUAAUAACUUUCCACUUCGUGAUCAUAUUACGCCUCAUUAUGCAAACCUUGGCCUAAUCAAGCUUCCUGACAUUGUUAAGCUAAAUACCUGCCAGCUGAUUUACGAUCACUUUGUAGAUAAAAAGCCGUCUAAUUUCACGCUGGCCUCGGUAUCUGAGCAACAUAAUUAUGACACAAGAAGUGCACUCCUACAACACCUAAAUCCCAGUAGCUUUAGAAUAAAUUUAAGAAAAUUCUGUCCAACAGUCAUAGGAUGCUAUUAUUGGAAUGAUAUUCCUUUAUCUAUAUGUGAAAAAAACAACUAAAAAAUUGUUUAAAAGAGCACUUUUCAACUAUUAUCUUGCUCAGUAUUAAUCAUCGCCACACCGACUCUCAAAUGUUACAUUUUUUAUGAGUGUGUGUGUAUGUGCUUUUCUUUUUUCCUCUCUUUUGAAUAUUUUUAAUAUAUUUUUCAUAGUUUAUAGGGUUUAUACUUUUCUCUUUUUUUCUCUUUUAACCUAAAUAAAACUGUAAUUUAAUCAAAGGGCAAGUAAUUAGUUUAACUAUAUCCUGCCCUCUAAAUUUAUUCUUGUAACCUGAUAUUUAAUUCUACAAAUAGCAUCUUUAAUUCUUCAAUCUUGUAAUACAAUAUAAAUGGCUUGUAAAAAAAAUAAAUGGAGGAAAAAAUAAACAAAUUGACUAAAUAUCCGUUUUUACCCUGCGAAUUUGCCGAGGUACAGACAAAAGAAGACGGGAUACAGGAAAGCAUGUUUUAAAGUACCAUUUAUUUUAAGUGAAUAAUAAACAUUUACACUAGGGUGAAAACGUUUGUUAGUUGUUUUAUGUGGCAAAAAAAAGUCUAGUGAAAGCGUAACUGAGAAAAGAUGUCUAAAGUACUUUGGGAGUUAAUCCGUCACAGAAAAAUUUUCGCCGUCAGACAAUAUCAUACGCUAUAUUUUUACGCCAGAACAAUAUCAUAUGCUGUAUUUUUGUGCCAGAACAUAAGAUUUUAAGUAGCUUGCUCUGUCAUUUCCUGAACCCAGAUUCAACGCAAUGAAAGCCAGGUAUUGGUAUCACAAAAUAGCAAUUUAAAGAGUUCAGUUACAUUAAAUGUCAGGAUGGUAUUCCGGAAAUCACUUAUCGAGAAUGUCGAGGAGCCUUGCCAAGUAAAAUUUAUUUCCGCUGUGCCCGAGAAAGUGGAUUUCAAUUUCAGUUUUUACGAAAGCUUAGAGCCUUUUUUUAAAUUUUUUUUUUAAAAAGCAGAGAUCAUCUGUUUUUCAUUGCUCGAACCCCAGCGAACAAAAUAAUGGAAUAAAGAGAAGCCCGUACGGUCACUGCUGACAUCGAGAGUUUUUCGUUUUUUUUUUUUGUCAAUGCACAGUCGGAAAAUCAGUCUACAAUCACAAAUCUAAAAGCUAGUGACUAUGAUAAUAUGUAUUUAUAAUAGCUGUUAAGUAUACUAAGUAGUGUAUAUAAUAAUGAAAAUUGUUUAUGGCUUAAAAUGUCUUUUGUAGCUCUGUGGUGGUAACAAUUUUUUGUAGUUUUUGUAUUAUUAUUUAUAAGUGUGAAAAAAAAUUUUAACAGUUGUUAAAGUACAUGAAAAAGCAAGUGACCGCAGAUGAUUAAGUGAUUAAGUGCUUAUAAAAUAACACUUCAUUUUUCAGUUUUUCUUGACUUCCCCAAAUCAUAUACAUUACAACCGACAAUACAAACAUUUGUCUAUUGAUGUAUUUUAACCGCACGCGUGGACGGCCGUGAGACGAAAAAGGUCAAUCCAUUCGACGGACUCCCAAGAUUAGGUGAAGACAAACAGUCUAAACGGAGAUAAAAAUGUUUCCAGUUCUCCUUCAGCUUUAUCUUGCUAUUUGGUGCGCUUCAGGUAAGAUAGCCGCCGCCAAAUAGGGAAGACAUGAAUGAAAUUUGUGGAAGUGAAAAUCACGGUUCUGAAGGCUUCUGAGCAGGAGCGACAAUAAACCCUCUCUUUUAGUGAACUGCUAUCCCCCUCGGGGCCCUUUCUUAAGAGACUAUCGACACUUUUUUUGCAGUUACCUGUACAAGUGAACAAGUGGCCGAACUGCAACCACUCCAACCUUAAAACUAAUUUUUUUUGUUUAGCGAACAAAAACCCUUUUCGAACAAGAGUUAUUGGUAAAUAUCUUAACGAUUUCCUUCUGUGGUUGUGUCACCGAUUAAAGGGAACAUGGUGGUCCAACAUUACUGACCAAACAUGCAAGAGUAUUGGACCCACAUGUUGGAAGUCGUGUUUAAAGGGCCCUUUUUAUAGCCUAGACGUUUCUUUCAGUUCAGUCAGAAAAACACCCCAUACAGGAUGCUCAGGAUGGUGAUGAUCCGAGUGAAAAGUUAUUAAUGCAAACGCUACAAGGUGUUCAUAAAAGUCUCGGUAAGUAAACUUAAUCAUGGCUAGUGACGAUAAUGACAUGAUCAAACCGUCUAUUUCUUCUACACCGAGCUAUGCUGAGCAGGUUUACAAUAGAGGGAAAGGAAACACCCGGGGGACUCCAGUAUAAACGUGACGGGGAUACUGUUCAGAAAACUAAAAUUAAACCACCUAAGGGAGACCAAUGUGGGUGUGGCUGACGCUUAAACUGACCCCUAAAGGGGGCCAUACUAAAACAAACAUCUAAAUAAGAGCUUGUGUUUUGUGUCGUGCCCAGCAUGUCGAGUUCUUUUUUAAACGUUAAAUUUCUGUGUGGUCCAAGUCACGGCAUUUUUCGUAAAUUUCUUUACUCACAACCUUUUAGGAGCGACAAACGACAAGAUCAUACCUCUAAGCCACUACUGUACAACAAACUACGAGAAUAAUCAGUAUUUUCUUUAUAGAGUCAUAACAUUAAAACAGGCGAAGGAGAAGCAAAGGGACAAGAUUGAACAUAAGAACUUCGAAAUUUCUUAUUCGUUAAGUGUUGAUUUACACCUUUUGUCACUUAAUUCCGAUUUUUAAAUCCAACAACAAGAACCCCCUGUGUUUUAGUGUUUGAUUCGCCGAAGCUUAGUAAUUACCGGCUCUGUCUCAUUAUUUGCAAUCUUCCACAAAAGCUAAACCAAGUACUGCUCCCAUGAGGGUAGUCUUUGCAUGUCAGUUGCAUUCCAAGUUUUUUUGUUUGGGUCUAGGCCAGAAAACUUAAAUUUAAAUGUCGUCCUCGAAUCAAAAGCUCUCUAUUAAUCUAAUAGCACAAAUACAACAUUUCCAACAAGUCUCCUAACGGUUUUGAUGAUAUUUGUAAUGAAUUAAAUUUUUCCUUUCUUGAACACGUUUUAAAAAGCUCCUUGUCCCACUGGCUGGACGCAGUUCAGCAGCUUUUGUUACCUGGUCGAAAGCACCAUCAAGACUUGGCAACAAGCCCAAGCGUACUGCAAAGGACUGGGAGGAGAACUGGUGAAGAUCAACAGCUUCGAAGAAAACGAGUUCGUACUGAAGUUAGUUAAAAAACAAGCGCCAUCACUGAAUCAAGCUUGGAUCGGACUCAAGUGGAGCCCGAGAUUCAACGGCUUCAUCUGGUCCGAUAACUCAAUUCCAGUCUUUAAGUAUUGGGCUCGCUUCGAACCGAACGGAAACGCGCGGGAACCAUGCGGUCACAUGUGGACUGGGCACUCCUCCCACCUGCCUAUCCGCGCUUCCGGGUUCUGGAAUGACCUUCCAUGUGGGAUAAUUCCAGCGCUUCCCUGUGGUCUUGUUUGCAAGAGGCUCCCUUAG